UCUCGUCUCUUAUCCUGUUCAGACACAGGUCACAUUUUUAGUUUUUACAAGUUUAGGGAUUGUCUCGGUUUUUAGUUGGGUUUAUUUGUAUUGGAUUGGUGCUGUAACAUGCUGGGACACGUUCUCCACUUCAUUCCGAGAAGCUUCAUGGAAAACCCUGUAUGUUAAUAAGUUUUUCAGCAAUGAUCCACUCCCCCUGCGGUCCGAGUAGUUGCACCUAACUAACUAACCACACCAAACUGUGUGUUGUGUCGCGCUGCUAAAAGCUGCCAUGUACCCUUCCGAGCGGGCUGUAUAAUGGGUGACGAUAGAGAUAUACGUUUGACAUGACUAAUUCGCUUACGGUUAUUAAUCAUUACUUUGUGGUAACGGGAAAGGAAGAAGAAAAAAAAACAGGACACGCAGGAGAAGUGAGCCGCAGGCGCACUCACGGCGCAGCUUCAACAACCGACUCACCACCACCUCCACCACAGUUUGGUGUAGACUUUCAAAAUGGAUGCUUUAGCCUCGAUAGGUUUCUGUUUCUUUUUCGGUGCCGACUAAACAUGCGCCCAUUGCCCAUCGCAGGAAACACGCUGUAGACCGAGAAGCCUUUAUAUUUUACAACAGGACUUGCUUGGCGGACGAAAAAGUGAAUUUACGUGGAUUUGUUGGCCUGCUACAUGUUUGCUUCGCGUUAUCUUCUGACUUCCUGGUUGUCGCACUAAUAUGUCUGUAGAAACUGCGGCGGCAGCUCAAGUGACUUUGGAAGGAUUUGUGGACACAGGAUACAUGGCAUUUCACAUUUAUCUCGUCGACCUAAUGUUUAAAACGAGAGACAACUGUUUUCAGCGACGGGCAAAGGGAGAACGACAGAUUUCAUAAGCGAUGGAAAGUGGAAAUGGUGCUGCCUCGAGUAAAGGUGUUUUAAAACCCGUGUCUGACUCCUCGGACGUCUUUCAAAGCUGUAUUUUGGCCCCUCUUCAGAGUGCGUAUUUGUAUGAAGAAUCAAAGCAGUCUUUCAGAUACAAGUCUGCUGUGUUGGUAAAGAAUCCUGUACUGGAAGAAAAGUAUGAAGCCUUCCGACAAAAGCUGAGAGAAGCAGGAUACUCGGAUGAGGACCUGCAGGAAUCCUAUGGGUUUUUGUUGUUUGACGAUAUCAACAAGGCUAAAACACUCGGAGAAAGUGGCGUGCUGACUGGGAACAGCACUUGUACAACUCUUGGAGAUCCUUCGAAGGGUGUUUACAUAUCGAUGUACGCUGACUGCUUGGAUCUAAAUCGUUGGUAUCAUGGGAAAUCUGGAUACAUUGCCAUUAUCAGGCUCACAAAGGGUAAAGUUAAAAAGGUUUUAGAGAACUACACCCAGAAUUUCCUUGAGCCCAGUGUGGGGUUUGACUGCCAUGUGUCCGAACAGUUGCCUUCAGUAUCUGACAAAACCAGCUCCUUUCUUGCGUUUGAGAGAACCCAGUACUACGUGUAUGAGCUGCUAGACGAUGGAAGUAACAGAACAGCCCAGUCUCCCAGUGCUGCUUGUCCAUAUGCUAUCGUUUCUUUUUCGUACACGGAUACCAAAUCAACACUUGUAGUCCCACAGGAGAAAAGUGACGUGAAAGCAUUGGUUUGUCAUUACUUGCCUUGGCGGGGCCAGCUUCAGAUAGGCACUCAGUUCUACAGUGUGGGACUUAGGUCUACAUCAGGCGCCUUAAUCCCUAUAAAAUUGCCGCCAGUGGUAAACGUUAACCAAGCCAUUUCCAUGUCAGAUCUGCAACAGCUGUUGCCAAAGGCUGUUUUUGAAACUCGUUUCAGUGGUGAAGCUUUUCUGGAUGGUUUCUACUGCAGUCUGUGUGAGUUAGUUCCUUCUGAGGCAGACGACACAAGCUCCCUCGCUCUGCUACUGCAGGAGAUCAAAGAGAAAGAUCUUGUUCUUAUUACUCCACUGAAUGAUGGUGGAUUUCUUAUUCUGUUGCACUCCUCCCAUUUCCUCACAUAUGAUGACACUGGGUCCAGUGCAACUGAGGUUCUGCAAGGCUUGUUUGUGUUUCCAGAUUCUCGAGUUGUAGUGAAAGACAUAAAAUUUGGACACAGACACGCUGCCCUGUCAUCUGAAGUCCUUCGGCUUCUACCGGUAAUAACUUACGCAGAAGGUGAAGUUGAGAAAGCACCAAUCGAUCCAAGUGAAGACCUGUGUGAAGCGUUGAUGCAACAUAUGCAGAGUUAUGCAGCGCUGAUAAAUCCUGGGUUGGCAGUAAGUCCGUCAAGGGAAGUCAACAGCUUUCCAUAUCAGUACGAUGUGCCAGAUGCCUACAAAGACCUCUAUUCUUCUCCUGAGUGGACUAACAGAGCAUGGCAGAACAUUAAGACGUACCUGAGCAAACCCGCCUCCUUUCAAGUGCCUAUAUCCAAGGUUUCAGAAAUCCUGGCUGCUGGGCAAGAGGAGCAAAGAGAGGACUUUGAUGACUGUGUCUAUAUCUGUCUGUCAUCUCCUGAGACACCAAUUAAUCCUGCUAGCAUGGGGAUAGAAGACCGGGUAUCGGACCAGAAAUCCCCUGAAACUGUUGAGACAUCUGUGGACAGUGGUAUAUCAAUUGCUGAAGCACAAGUUGAUUUAACAGCAAUGUCUCAAAAUGUUGUACCAGAUGAUUUGCAAGCUGCACAUGCUGCCAAAGACAAUGAAAGAGACAGUGAGCUUUCUGAACUGAACAAAUCUGAUGAUAUGGGGCUGGGUAAUCUGCUCACUCCUCCUACAUCAGAAGAUCUUCCCACAGAGCUCAUUGUCAGCAUCACGUCAGCAGAGCAAAGUACCACUGAUGAGACUCUAAGCGUAGAGAGUUCCAUGUCAGCAACAAAACAUGAUGACUUUCAGUUAUCUGGUUUUUCAACCAUAGCUAAGUUACAAACUGCAGAACUGACCUCUCUUGGUACCGAGACUGAUAAAACUAAAAGGGCUGCAGAUUGCCCUGAGGUCACCAAUCUCACUCAAACAAAGGAGAAAAAACUGCAAAGGGGCAUUACCAAAGGACAGAAAAAGGUAUCUAAAGUUUGUGUUGAUGCUCCGACUUCACAGACUGUCAAAGUGGAGGUUGACAACUUAAACAGUCAGAAGGAUGCACAGACCAAGGAAUCAUCUGAUAAUCAGCAGUUGAGUAAACCUUCAAAAGUUUAUUGGAGGAAAAUAAAACGACGUAAGCGGAUAUUUGGAAAACUCUCAUCGAAAAAUAAAAAAGUUCGAUCUCCUGCUGCUGUUGAUACGCCCGUGGCCGUAGCAGAGGGCAACAAAUCAAAUCCUGGAAAACAGAACUUGAAAACCACCAUUUUAAUGGAACUUGAAGCUUGUCCUCUGAGAAAGAAAACCGAGCGCUGGGACCUAAAGCCAGUUGUCAGUGAAUGCGGAAGAGUAUUGGUUCCUCAUGGCUCAGUGGAUUUCAGGGAUCAAAUUAAGACUUUAACUGAGAAGUUCCAGUCUACAAAGGAUGAAAAGUGCCCUGAAAGUAUGUUGCUUGAUGCCCAUUCAAAUACUUUGGACACAGUCGAAAUGGAGCAAGAGUCUAGCAGUACUCCAGAUACAACAGUGGAUGAAACGGUGGCAAAAUCCAUUGAUGAUGGGACCCAUCCUCAAAAUGUUGUUGCCAGUCAUGUUAAUCCUGAACAGACUAAUUUUGAACAAUCGGGCUGUAAUAGUUCACUGCCUGAUCCAUUGCUGUCGUCAAAGGCAGUAGAGGGUGUGCCACAGAGUAAUGGACCUUCUAAUGACUUAGACUCUGUUCCCUCACAAUCAGUUCAGGAAAAACUCACUGACACUCAUUCCAGAGGAAAAGGUGCAGCAAAUUGUGAAGUCAUGUUGACUAAACUAAAAUCUAUUCUUUCAAGAAAAAGGAAAAAACCAGAUAUCCUUGGCCAAGAAGAAACGACUGAUGAUACUGUCAAAGAAACUGAGCCUUGUCUUAAGAUGGGCAAAAUGGACGAUAGUGAGGCUUUUAAAAAUGCAGCUGUCGAGAGCACCAAUGCUGGUGUCAAGGAAGCUUCAGAGAUGCUGUCUGUUGACCCUCUUUUUGCAUAUGCCCUAGGGCUAACUCCUAAAGUGAGUCCAGUUAAUGCACAGGAAACUGAAGAUCAGAAUUCCCAGCAAAAGGAAGUCUCAACAGUGGAAGAACAACAAAUCAGUUCAGACGAGCAACAUCAAAUACUACAAAGGCCUCUAUCAAUUUUCCCAAGACGGGGAAGGAUUAAAACACUCAAAAGGCAUCAAGGCAUCUCUGCAGACAAUGUUAAAAAGAAAUGGUGGUUGCAUUUUCAAACCCCAGCUUGUUUUGCCAGAGAAAAACUCAAAUACAAAGACUGUACUAGCGAUAAUUCUGUCAGGAAGACUGUUAAGGAAAAAAUGAACAGUGCUUGCUCAUCUACAGAUGCUUUGAACUUACUUGCUGACUUGGCCCUCAGUGCCAAUAAUGGCCAGGUUCCUCCGCAACCAAACCCAGCAGUUGAGAGAAAACCUGAGACAGGUUUGAAGAAGUGUGACCUUACAAAAGGCCUUAGCAGUGCUGAACAAGAUUCAGUUCUCCAUGCUCUGCUUAAACAGCCUGCUGCUAGAUCCAAUCGGCCUAUUGAGUCUUCCUCACCAAGACAUCAUUUGGGAGACAGUGAAUUGGUUGAAUUGGUAUCUAAAGAACAUGCUUAUUCAUUGCCCCCAUCUUCCUUUCUACUGUUGGGUUUGCCAGGUACACCCUUCCAGGUUUCCCCUUUAAGUGGUUCUACCAGAUUGCUGCACCAUCACCAGACAAUGUAUGGCGAUGGAAUUAAAACACUACACACCUCUGUCAGUCAGGGAGACAGAAGUGAAAUCAACGACAGGACUCCAGAGUACCCCAAAAAACACAAGGUGCGCAGGCGGAAGUUCAGAUACUCCCGUACCUUUGUUAACACAGAGACCUCUGUCCAAGUCACAAGACAAUGGCAAGGAAACUAUGACUUUAACUUUGACAGCAAGUUUACCAGUGAUGCCAAAGAAAAAACUAUCAACCGAGCUUUGCAUGGGCCAUGGGAUUUCUCCAUUCAAGACACUAAUGAGGAGGUGCGGCUCAUCAUUCACAUGUGGAUAGGGCUGUUCUACAGCCGGUCAACAGCCAGGUUCAUUCAUGUUGACUCAAACUUUACAUUCACAUGUUCAGAGGAGAAUGGUUCUUUGGAAAUAACCAGGGAGAUGGGAUCAGGCCAAGCUAAGUCUGAGCUCAUGACCAGUUACAUUGCUUCUCUACCAAGUGUAACAGAGACUUCAGACCCUUUCUUUCCAAAAGCUUUGGACCUCAGCAAAAAAGACCACACUGAGUUGGACCAAGAGUCUGAGAUUCUGGACUUUUCAAGAAAGUUCAAUGUAAAGACUGCUACUUCAAAUCCAGAAGUCAACAGGCAAGAGACCCAUGUUUCCAGUGAACAGAAAAAGACUUGUGUCUCAAGUAAGCAGAAAGAACCCAGUGAAAGAUUGAACGGCCUAAUGUCACCACCAGAGCUGCAAGAGGCAAGCACUUUGCAGUGUUACAGAGUGAUGGUCCAUUCUGCAGGGAUCAGUCAGAUGCCUGAUGUUAGCGGCAUCCCCAAAAAUGAGAAACCUGGCACUUGUCAAAAAGCUGUCACCCUUGAACACACUGAUGCUCCAUCUUCUAAAGGUGAUGGGCUAUCCAUUCUUUCACAAGGAGUCCAAGCCGAGUCAGAAAGUGUCUGCACAGAGCCGGGAAGUGUCUGCACUGUACAGAAGAGUAUCCCUGCUGACGUGGAAAGCGUCUGUACUGAGCGGAAAAAUGUCUGUGCUGAGCAGGAAAGUAUCUGCACAGACCAGGAUGGUGUCCACAAGGUUCAUGAAAGUUCUUCUGCCAAACUGGAAGGUCUCUGCUCUGAACUGGAAAAUAUCCAUGCCGAGGUGGACAGUGUCGGUGCAAAGCAGGAAAGUAGCAGUGCUGAGCCGGAAAGUGUCCGUGCUGUCCCAGAAAGGGUCAAUGCAGAACUGGAAAAUAUCCGCACAGAUCUGCAAAGUGUCCACGUUGUGCAGGAAAGUUUCUCUGCAAAGGUAGAAGGUGUUUGCGCAGAGUCAGAAAGUGUUGGUGCUGAAUUGGAUAGAGUCUGCACUAUGCCAAAAAGUGUCCCUGAUCUGGAUAGUGUAUGCAUCAAGCCCGAAAAUGCUUCCACCAAGCUGGAAGAUUUCUCCAUUGAGAAGGAAAGUGCUGAGCCAGAAAGUGCCACUGUUGAACCGGAAGGUGUCUGUGCCAUGCAGGAAAGUACCUGCACAAUAACGGAAACUGUCCUCACUGAGCGGGCUAGUGUUGGUGAUGAAUCAGAAACUAACUGCUCUCAUUUGGAAGGUGCUUGUGUUGGGCAAGAAAGUAUAUGUGCUGAGGAGGAAGGUAUUCUCCCUGAGCCAGAAGGUGUCCACCCUGAACCAGAUGCUGCCUGCACAUUGGCAGAAACUGUCAGCAAGGUGACGGAAACUGUCAACACUGAACGUGAUGGUGUUGGCGCUGAGCCGGAAAGUGUCUGCUCUCUUCUGGAAAGUGUCUGUGUUGGGCAAGAAAGUGUAUGUGCUGAGGAGGAAGGUGUCAACCCUGAACCAGAAGGUGUCCACCCUGAACCAGAAGGUGUCCACCCUGAACCAGAAGGUGUCCACCGUGAACCAGAAGGUGUCCACCCUGAACCAGAAGGUGUCCACCCUGAACCAGAAGGUGUCCACCCUGAACCAGAAGGUGUCCACCCUGAACCAGAAGGUGCCCACCGUGAACCAGAAGGUGUCUGCACAUCGGCAGAAACUAUCAGCAAUGAAUGUGAUAGUGUUGGCGCUGAGACGAAAAGUGUCUGCUCUCCUCUGGAAAGUGUCUGUGUUGGGCCAGAAAGCAGAUGUGCUGAGGAGAAAGGUGUCCCCUCUGAGCCAGAUGAUGUCCACCCUGAACCAGAAGGUGUUGGCACAUUGAUGGAAAUCGUCAGCACUGGGUGCGAUAGUGUUGGCGAUGAAAGUUCUCAUCUGAAGAGUGUAUGCAUCGGGCUGGAAAGUGUCAAGCCAGAGACGGUUCAGACUGCACUAGAAUCUGGCCAGGUGUUGCAUGAAUGCAACAAAGAAAGCAGAAAUAAGAAAGAUGGCACUGAAAAUUCAGAAACUACAGAGAUGAGUUUGGUUCAAAAAGAUGGAAUGGAUUUGUCCAAGUCAGUGGCAGAUAAAGUAGACUUUAAGGACAUUCAUACAUCACCUUUUAAAAAUAAAGUGGAAUUUGGCUUUGAAAUACAGCCAAAGAAAGCACAGCCAACAACUCCUCAACACAAUUUUGAAACGACCGACAAACAAGAGACCUCUGCAGGGCAGGAUUGCCAUCUCUACAAAUGCUUUUCCCUUAUUGAGUGUAUGCAAGCAUUUAAACCAAAGACAGAUCAAGAUGGGCAUAAAACAACAUCACAAUCAAUGAACAACAAUUCAAAUCUUUAUUGUCAGACUCAGAGACCCGUCAUGGCUGUGAAACCAUCUAAGAGUGAGGAAAUUCAAGCAGAUUUCAUUUAUAACGAUCUACUUACUGAAAACUCUGUUGAAAUGAAACCAACUAAAACCCCUGUUGUCACAAACACCACUCCCGCCUCUAUGUGUAUGGAGAAGCCGAAAGAAAUUUCAAAAGGCAAUUUUGAAGGACUAAGUGAUAAUAUGCAAAAAGCUAAUGACUUUUCUUCCAAAAGAACUUGGCUACCAAAUGUUGCUUAUAGUAAAUCAAACACGGAUGGAGCUAAAGUACCCCUUUUAGAUCCUUCAUGUCAGUACCAGGGAAGGGACAUUUCAAAGUUCAACAUAAUCCCAUCCUCGGCCUUAUCUAUGCUCCCUUUUGAAGCUACAAGUUGUCCUAAAGUUGCUGAUAAAAAUCAAGGUUUCUGGGCAGAUAAUUUUGUUGAGAAAACUGAGCAAACAUCUAACUCUGAACAACCAACUAUUGAGAUGGAUGAGGAAAACUGGCCACAUGCAACAACUUCAAUAAUAGGUCCCAAAGACAAUGGCAUAGUAGAUGGCCGUCAUAUCCUGGAACCUCAAACCUCACUUGUAUGUACAAUCUUUAACACCGGUCAGAAGAGAUCUUAUCCGUUUCUGGAACAGCUUUCUCGCAGGUGCCUACAAGAUGACGUCACUCAGGCAUCGUUGGAACAGGAGUGCCUCAUCUUCUCAGAACAAAUGAAACAGAUUUUGAAGAAGAGUAAGGGGGGGGUCUCCCACCUACAAGACACAAAAAGCAAUAAAAGGUUGUCUUGUGCUAGUCCUUUGACUAUCCACUUCUCUGAUCUUGAAGAACAGGAGGAUUCACUGGAUCACUGGGACAUGUCGCUUUUUGGACAAAAAAUUAAGGUUGACAUGUCUGACAGGAAGGACCUGAGUGAAGAAAAGACACUACUUCCCCAAGGACCAUCUCAAAGAACAUGCAACCCACUGGAACAUGCUGGGGUUUCUGGUGUGACGACAGAAUGUGCCAGGCUGUACGAGGCAAAGAUGCAUGAUGUUUGUUCUUUUAAAAAGGUCUCCUCAAGAUCUAAGGGAGGCAGAAGGGAUCGAAGUCACCCCAAGAUGAAAACAAGUAACCAAUUUGACCUCUGUGAUCAAAUGAAUAGAGAAAUGGGAGCAGCCUUCCGAAAUAAUUUGAAUACAGUUGUGAAGAAAUCCUGCAAAACAAAGUACAGAUUCUACAUGUUGGUGACGUCAGAUGACCGCUUCUUUGAUGACACAAAGGCACAACUGGAGGCAGAAGGCCAUACUGCUGUCCAGCCACCUGAAUUUUUCCUUUGUGAGAAUAGUUCUUCAUCUCUACUCAUCAUCCUAAGGAAUGAAGACAUUGCAGAGCACAUUUGUGAGAUCCCUCAUUUGCUUGAGCUGAAGAAGUCGCCUGGUGUGAAGUUCAUUGGCAUUGACGAACCAGAUGACGUUAUGAAUCUCACCUACCAGGAGCUCUUCACAAGGGGUGGUUUUAUAAUGUUUGACAGAACAGUGCUGGAGUCCCUCAGUCUUCGCAACAUGAAAAAGAUGUAUGAAACCAUGCAAGACUUGAGUAGAAUGAGGAAGUGGAAAUGGAUGUUGCAUUACAAAGACAGUCGUCGGCUUAAAGAAAAUGCAAGGUUGAGUGCAGAGGAGAAAGAGAAGAAACGUUUUCUAUACUUGGGCCAAGAUGCUGGAAUACUGGAUGUCUUGCCUUACCACGAGUGCGACACGAUCUCAAGAGACGAGCCCGACUAUCUUUCAUGUUUGGUCCGCUUGCAAGUCCAGCACAUAUCAUCACGUUAUGCAGUUUUUAUAACCGAUAGGACAACGGACGGUACCUUUGAGAGAAAUGGGAUUUUAACACUGACUUUGAACUCUUUCCUGACAACGCCUCUAAACACUCAGUUUAUAGUCUGAGCUGAGAAAAUUGAAAAACUCACUAGAUGUGAGGAGAAACUAGUACACCUAACAAAUUCGGUAAACUGUUUUUUGUUCGUGCUUAGAAAUAGUUAUCAUUCAGUUAAUGGAUAGAGUGGCAAUAAUGUCAAUAUGCUGGCAGCUAUGCUGUAAUAUUUUUGUAACAUGUUUUUAUUGUAAAUAUAAUGAUAAACCUGUUAAAGUGAUUUUUUUCCA